UUGUCUUUGACAGUGAGCUGAACCUUGCUAGCUGUCGCGCGCUGUAAUUCCCCCAGCCAUUCACACUAAGCAGCUAGCCGGGUCGGUGAGCUCAUUUGACACUAGCAGUCAACCCCAGGGACGGUUAGCUUCAGCACGGGGCUUGCUUUUGUGUGUUAGCCGACACAAGGGACGCGACUAAGAUGUCUAAGGACACGGAAGGGAAGAGCGAGAAGAUUAUGGAUAUGGAGAGCAAGGUGUUGUGGUACCCGGACUCCAAGAGGAACACACAGAUGGACAAGUUCAGGAUACAGGUCAACGGGGACUAUGGACUUAAUCUGGUCAACUACAAUGACCUGUACCAGUGGUCGGUGGACAACUACCCAGAUUUCUGGGCAGACGUGUGGCGCUUCUGUGGAGUCGUCAGCUCCAAAGCAUAUGAAGAGGUGGUGGACGUAACCAAACGGAUCUCGGAUGUUCCAGAGUGGUUUAAAGGAGCUCGGCUCAACUACGCUGAGAACUUGCUCAAACAUGCCGACCAGGACAAAGUAGCUCUCUAUGCUGCGACGGAGGCAAAUGAUGAGAUUGUGAAGGUGACGUUUGGGGAGCUGAGGCGCGAUGUGGCGCUGUUUGCUGCCGCCAUGAGGAAGAUGGGCAUCCAGACUGGAGACAGGGUCGUAGGCUACCUGCCUAAUGGUAUCCAUGCAUUGGAGGCCAUGUUGGCAGCAGCCAGCAUCGGAGCCAUUUGGAGCUCCACGUCUGUCGACUUUGGGGUCAACGGUGUUCUUGACAGGUUUUCUCAAAUCCAGCCCAAGCUGAUCUUCUCUGUCGCUGCUGUGGUUUACAACGGCAAAACACAUGACCACAUGGAAAAGCUGACCAGUGUUGUCAAAGGUCUGCCUGACCUGCAGAAAAUAGUGGUGAUUCCCUACGCUCGCUCCAAACACGAGACCGACCUCUCCAAGAUCCCCAACAGUGUAUUUAUAGAUGAUUUUUUGGCAUCUGGUCGUGGCGAGGGCGACCAGUUUCCUCAGCUGGAGUUCGAGCAGCUUCCAUUCAAUCAUCCUCUGUUCAUCAUGUACUCCUCUGGCACCACAGGAGCUCCUAAAUGUAUGGUCCACUCCGCUGGGGGCACGCUCAUCCAACACUUGAAAGAACACAUCCUCCAUGGCAAUAUGACCAGCAGUGAUGUCAUCAUUUACUACACCACGACCGGCUGGAUGAUGUGGAACUGGCUGGUGUCUGCUCUGGCAGUGGGAGCCUCAGUGGUUUUAUAUGACGGUUCACCACUAAUGCCCACACCCAAUGUACUGUGGAACCUGACAGACCAGCUGGGCAUCACCAUCUUUGGUACCGGGGCCAAGUGGCUGUCUGUGCUGCAGGAGAGGAACCUGAAACCCUCGGAAACACACAACCUCCAGUCUCUCCACACCAUCCUGUCCACUGGAUCUCCUCUCAAACCUCAGAGCUACGACUACGUCUACCGCUGCAUCAAGAGCAACGUGCUGCUGGGCUCCAUCUCAGGCGGCACUGACAUAGUGUCAUGUUUCAUGGGUCAGAACCCAACAGUUCCAGUGUAUCGGGGCGAGAUCCAAACAAGAAACCUCGGCAUGGCUGUGGAAGCCUGGAGUCUUGAUGGUAAGCCUGUAUGGGGAGAAAGCGGGGAGCUAGUGUGCUUGAAACCAAUCCCCUGCCAGCCAACACACUUCUGGAAUGACGAGAACGGGGGCAAAUACCACAAAGCAUACUUUUCUACAUAUCCUGGGGUGUGGGCCCACGGAGACUACUGUAAAAUCAACGCAAAGACAGGAGGCAUUGUCAUGCUGGGCAGAAGUGACGGUACACUGAACCCCAACGGAGUCCGAUUUGGCAGCUCGGAGAUCUACAACAUUGUGGAGGCGUUCGAGGAUGUGACAGACAGUCUCUGCGUUCCUCAGUACAAUGCCGAUGGAGAGGAGCGAGUUAUUUUGUUCUUAAAAAUGGCACCCGGUAAGCCCUUCAGUCCGGAGCUGGUGGCAAAGAUUAAAGGAGCCAUUAGAAAAGCCCUGUCUGCCCGACACGUCCCUGCUCUGCUGUUGGAGACCAGAGACAUUCCUUACACCAUCAGCGGGAAGAAGGUGGAGGUGGCUGUGAAGCAGGUGAUUGCCGGCCGGGAGGUGGCGCAAAGAGGAGCUUUCUCCAACCCUGAUUCGCUGGACCUCUACAAGAACAUUCCUGAACUGCAGAACUAUUAGAGAUGAGCUGGAGAGAGGACCACCUCAGAAGAUCUUAGUUUUUAAAUUAACUUUAUUCAAAUUUACAGGAACAGGGAGAUGUGCAAGGUGCAUUGCAGGGGUAGUUUACAAAAGCCCCAUUCGCACGGGACUAGUUAUACCUGGGGACCUCGAGCAAUUUGUAGUAAUUGCGGAGGUGGUUUGUGACCUUAAUCCCUUGCAAAUCUGCCAUGUCCGUAGUUUGUCAAGAAAAAAUUCGACUUUACAUUACCGAAUCUCACUAAACACAGAGGUCAUGUAGAAAUAUUAGUCCCGUGUGAAUUGGCAUCGGGUGACUUGGGAUUUAUUUGUCUUUUCUGCCUCUUUCCUGGUUGAGAAUUAUGAAGGCUGUGUUGGCAAUUACAAAUGAAUGUUUUGAAAGCAUUUUGGGCGAAGGAGGCUCAUCUUGCUACACAGCAUGGAGACCCAUUGACAGAAAGAGCAAGCUUAAAUCCAUCAGAAGAGAGAAAACUCACAUUUUAAAGGAUGAGAAAAAGAGGUUAUCAUGGUGCAUCUCUGCUAGUGGUGCUGUGUAGGUUUUCUGUGUUGCGUAGAGCAGUGGUUCCCAACUGGACCAGCCAUGGGGUCCAGAUUUCUCCAUAGUCAUCAGUUCAAGGUCCACACAGUUAAAGAUAUUUAGCGUCAUACUUGCGUUUGGCCAUGUCGUCGAGCUAGUUUGCUGUCUCUGUCAAUAGCUAUGAAGUCUACAGCGGGAAACAGCACUUUGAAAUAAAAGAUCUGUGCUGGAAAUUCACCAUACUUAAAGAUAAAGUGUGUUUUUUACAACUUUCACGUUAGUGAGUCACUAGCGGCCCGUUCAGAAUGGACCCAUGACCCACUUUUGGACCACGACCCACCAGUUGGGAACCACUGGAGUAGAGUGUAGUCACAAAUGACUGUGUGCAUCAUAUUUGGGGGGAUUAUGUCAGCAAAUGUGAGAGAAAUACAGACUUUGCUUAUCCUGUGUUAAUGUGCGGCAGGGGUAAUUAUUUAAAUCACGAGGUCAUCUGUUCAUACUAGUCCCAAGCGAAUACGUUUGACUGUGUACGUCAAAAUAAUACAAAAAUUGUAUAAAUAAUAUGUAAAUAUAAUAAUAAGUGUUUGGUAUGAGGCAGACAAGAGACUUUAAAAAUGUGUUGCUCCAUCAGCUAGCUUUCAGUCACGUGAUCAAGCAGCUGCUCUCAGUGAAUGUUGAACUGGAUUCAGCUUUGGGUAUAAUAUGAUGUGCACAGCGGCGCUUGUGAAUAAGCUCACGCUCUGAAGUCACCAAUAAUGGAGAAGUGUAAUUCAGCAUCAAGCGCUUCGCUUUGACUUCACAGUCUGAUCGCUAUCAGCCAGUGAAGAACCAUAUCUCUCUGUGUCACCUGCUUUAACAUCAGCGUCGCCUCUGAGUGUGUCCCAGAAUUGAAAAUCUGUGGGAGUGUGCAGACAAACACACAACACAAACACCUGGGAUUAACACCUCAGUUCUGGCUCGUAUCAUUGUUACAAUAUGUGGCGGGUAUUGCUUUAUCAAAUGUGUAUAUAUUUGAAUAUAUAUUUUUUGGACUGUGAAAUUACGUUAACAUUCUAAUUAUGCAUUUAAAGAUAGUGACCCAGACCUGUUAACCAAAGUAAGUCUCGGAUGAAGAGGGUUGUAGUUUGGAUAAAUGAAGAAGAUAAAACUUACUGAACUUCUACCAACCUAAAACGUUUUUGAUCUCUUGUGUAUUACAUGCUCAAAUCCUAACAAUCGACUUUGUAACCAUUGACUCUUAUUGCAUUCCACCCAAGAUAUCAAGGCAUGAAUUGAUGAAGCUCUACAAGCAAAAGUUUUUCAUUGGCCGUCAUUUAUCCAGCUAAACGAGUCAGUGAAGGUCAAGUGUGAUCUGAAACUGAGCAAAGGUUCAUUUCACCACAGAAGCCUGUAUUUAUUCGUUCCAUGUCUGUGUUCCAUGUUCAUGUGUCAUGACUCUAAGACAAAUGUGUCUCUUCAAAUAGUUACAGCCUGUUUUUGCGUCGUACAUGGGAGAGCCGAAUUAUUUACAUUUUCCUUGUGCUGUGUGGCAAAGCCUUAAGGCUAAUUAAUGCCAUUAAAGAUGAACUGCAGUGGUUUUUGUCACGAGUAGCAAUACUGAGCAACAUGGGUGUAUGAUAGCAAAAAUCACCUGGGUUUCAAUUCCUGUUGGAGAAAAAAAAAAUGGACCUGAAAGUGUAACGAUAACAGAUAUAAAUGUCAGAGAUGCAUUUGAUCUUUGGGGCUGCAGAAAGUAUUUUAUACUGAUUUUUGUGGUUGUGGCUUGUUGUGGUUUUAAGGAUUCUUCUUAUCUGGCAUUUGUUUCAGUCUUUGUCACUUGUUUCAGAUUGUUUAAAGGUUUGAAUGUAUGCAAGUCAACUGGAAAAUUCUUAAGUUCAUCUUUAACGUCAUCUUCACUGCUUAUAUUUAAUAUAUUUCUUCUUUAAAGGUACCCUGUGAAAUUUUUAACCACUUCCUUUCCUGCCAAUACUGUCGCACUAUUCCACUGAUUGACAGGUGGCAGUAAAUUGCCAAGAAAAGUAGCAAUGCACCAGCAAAAUGUAAAGACGUGGAAAAGUGCUAGCUAGCAAAUACAGUUGUAAACAAUGCAGGGUUCAAAUGAAAAUAAAUCAGACUUUCUAAUGCCUCAUGAGGGUUUUUAGGCCUUAAUGCUUUUUGGUGAGAAACACUGAUGUAAACAUAACUUUACUGUUUUUGGAAGAAAACUCCACAGGGUACCUUUAAAGGGACAGUUCACACCAAAAUCAAAAAAUACAUAGUUGUCUUCUUACCUGUAUUGCUGUGUAUUAAUUUAGAUUGUUCUGGUGUGAGAUGCCGAGUGUUGGAGAUGUCCGCCUUCUGUCGCGUAUAAGGAAACUAGCUGGCACCCGCUAAAAAUGCCAAAAAAUACAUUUGAUUGUAUCGCCACAGAAGGAAGAGUGCAUCUACUCAUGGACGAGAGGCUUAUGCUCAUGUUAACAUUAAUGGCGUUCUCCUCGGCUGAGCUGUAAUGUUAGCUAGCUUACUUGUGCUACCUGAGCUAGCAGUAGAUGCACUCUUCCUUCUGCACAGUGAUUCGGUUGGUGGGUGUAGUUCAGUAUAAAGAAAAUAGUCCCCACAUGAAAAUGCUCACAACAAGGUCUGUGGAUUAUGUUGAGUAACCAGGUCAUAAUUUCUGUAAAGAGACAUUGCUGUUAAGUUUUUCAAAUGUAUUUUUUGUCGCUUUGAGCACCACAAGCCGAGUUCCAUCUAGUUCCAUUACAUUCAAGAGAAAACAGACCGAUAUCUCAAACACUCAGCAACUCACACCAAAACAAUCUAGACUGAUAAAUGCCACAACAGGUAAGAAGAUAAAUAUGUAUUUCUGGUUUUGGGGUGAACUGUCCCUUUGAAGUCUCAAAGACGCAGACAGGGAUCAUAAUUAGAUAACUGUACACUUUGCACUUUAGUACUGUAUACUGUGUGUGGCAUUGUUCAAAAUGAAACCUAGUGAAACAUGACAGAUCUACUGUUUCAUUCUGUUGUAUGCAUGCAGGUCAGGCAGUUAUUCUUCUGCACCAAACGUUUCUUAUAAUAGGCCAAGAGUUUGCAAUCAUGAUUCUGGGUGUGUCACAUGUAAACAAUAAGUUGGUUGUUUUUGGUUCUACAAUGUAAUUUUUAUGUAUUUUGGUGUCGCAAGAAAGUUUAUUGAAUCAGA